AGCGAUGUUACCUACAGAACUACCCCCCUCCUGCGUUUCAAUUCCCCUACCAUCUUUAUCAACAGUUUGGUGGAAAAUUACAGUUUCAGGAAAUGUGCUCCCAUGACACACGACAUUUUUCUGAAUGUACCGUGCUCUCUCCAACUCUUUAGAGGAAAAUACAAAGAGCAAUGGGGAUUGUACCUAUGAUUCAAUGUGUUGGAAAAGCCCACCCUGACACCCCACCAAUCGUCCAUCAUCGUCAAGAAUUUCAUCAUUAUUACCUGAUGACAUAAUGUAUUACCUUCACUCUGUCGUAUAUCAUGUAACCUUGAACUUGACUAACGUAUUGGUUUCUCUUUGGUACCCGGCGGAAAGUUCACCGAUUGGGAGUGUCACAUUUCGUGACUCUUCACGGCAGUGUCGCUCGUGCGGUGCUCCCUGACGUACUCUCACAACUGCAUCUCCGUUCUUUCGUGCCCCAUUAUAUUAUUAAUAAUCGGUAGAUCAUAAGCAUAUCAAUUAACAAUGGAUCCACCAGUCUUCCCCGAGGAGAUAUGGAUCAAAAUCUUGCUCUAUUGCGAUGUACCUGAUAUCAUAGCCUUCGGUAGUACUUGCAAAUAUUUAAGGAAAACAUCCGACACCGAUUAUCUCUGGAAGUUGAAGUGGCUCCAGUUGACAUCAAAAGUCCAAUUCCGCUUCCCAGACAUAAAAUGUUUGCAGCUGCUGAGUGUGAGCUUCAAAUCCGUGUGUUACCGUCUCCACAUGGUGCUGACACUCGGUGAAAAUGCACCCUUUCCAAAAUGUUCCCUCUGCAGUGGCUACACCUGUCAACGCACCUGUGUGGAGGGUUCGAGUAACAAAGUUGUGAUUGACAUUGGCAACAAGUACACCUGGGUGAGAACCCCCCUGUUGGGUCUCCGAAGGCACUGCUCCCUGUUCGGCAUUCCCAAGUGCGAGAACGAGAUCCAGUCAACGUAUCAGCCACCGAUUGACAAAGCCCCAAGUGGCAGUGGGAUGAGUCGACUCAAGUCUGAUUACAAAUCAACAGCUAAAAAAUUGAAAUCCCUCACACUAUCGGAAUUGAAAACGACGAAGAGAUUCACAUACAAACCAAGCGGUCCUUUCUGUGUUUUUUGUAACUCCGUGAAACUCUACAGAGAGAAGAGAAGAUUGGCAGUACAUCCUCUGGAGUCCUUGUGCUAUGCAAAGACAGAUCCCCUGUAUCAAAAGCUGGUGAAUGGCUACUGCACAGACACUGUUGAAGUCAUGGGAAUACCAAACAUCGACGUGGUGAGCCCAGCAGAGGCUCUCCUCAGUGAGGGAACGUUUCCAGUCUUGAAGACGUUUGUUAAUCACCUGUUUCAUCAGAUGGCACUAACUGCCACUCUGAGGAAACCCAACGCAGUUCUGAUGUUCUGUGAGCCCCUGGCGAUGCAUCCAAUGCUCAGAAAACAGCUGCUGCAUUACCUGUUUCAAGAAGUGAAGGUCGCCAGGGUAUGGCUGGUGCCAAAGCCACUGGCUGCGUGUGCCAUGAUGGAUGCUGAGACAUGUGUGGUGGUGGAUAGUGGAGCCUUGACCACCACUGUUGCUGUGGUUAUUGGAGGAAGGGUGAUGCCUCAUCGGUGGAGGCUUCUGCCAGUUGGGGGCUGGCAUGUGGCUUAUCAUCUCACACAGGCACUGCAGUGGCAGCCCAAGGAAUUUCAUCAGAUACCGAUUUCACAUCUCGAUACUAUGCCGGUGAAGGAAAAGUGCCGGUUGAGCUAUACCAUCGAGAACGAGGAUAUGAAGAGAGGCCCUGUCAAACGGGAGCAUAUCAAUCUCAGGGUUGAUACCUUUCCAUAUGAUGAUAAAUUCUGGAAAGUCUCUCUGGGGCAGGAGCUGCAAACAGCCCCGGAGAUGAUGUAUAUCAGUCUGGGACUUCCUCAGAUAAUAAAAGAGGUAACGGCAGGCCUCAGCCAGGAUCUCAUUCGGGAAUGUCUCUCGAACAUUGGCCUGACAGGCGGUAACACCGACCUGUCUGGCUUUGGCCCCAGGCUUCGGAAGGAUCUUUGUGAAGUACUACCCGAAUACGGAUCAAUACUUGACGUACGAAAUUGCGUUGGUGCACGCAGUUGGAACGUUGCCAUGGGAGCGAUGUAUGUGCCACUGGCUCUUCACCCCGACAGAACUCCACCGGAGUACGUCGAGGGCAAUCCCUUCGGGCUGUCUCGAGAGGAGUACGUUCUCUUCGGAUGUCAGUCACUGGAGUAAAGGGAGAUGGACCUGACGAUUGUCAUCCGUGAGAAGAAAAUUAAAUCCUGUUUUUGAAGGAUGGCGAACAGGAGGGGAACUCCAGAAUUUUGAAUGGAAAGUUUCUCAUGUUUACCACGACUUCACCCCAGGUUUGAAAAAUGAAUUGGAAUAGGAAUUGAUAUAAAAAGUGCAAUGAUGAAAUACACAUAUAGUUUAUCCAAAAUAUUGUCUCUGAAACGUACUAUUAAGAGUUGAGUUGAGACAGAUCGAUCUAUAGGAAUGUUAGGGACGAUAAUAAAUCACUCACAGCUUUUCGCACUGAAGUAACUGACGAGAAGCACAUUUUUAGAAAGUUUUAAAUGAAUAUUUAUUGACGUAAUUUAUUGAAAGUAGUCAUAGCUGGCGAUAGUAAAUAUCGCCAAAAUUUUUUUCCUUUGGAAAUUUAUAUACAAAGUAAUGUAUUAAGAAACCGAGUAACGCGAGGCGAUGAGAGCUUCCAGCUUUAUUAAUUAAAGGAAAUUAUGACCUCGUUAGAGUCGAAAAUAAAAUGAAAUUGUCAUUUUAGGUGAUAUGAUAAUCUAGGUAGACGUUUCUCCGAGCCCAAUAAAAUAGUGCAUGAGAAGAAACUUACUUCAAUCUCCCAUUUUGUCUCAGAAAUUAACGAUAAAUCGUUCUCUAUCUGUAAAUAGUUCAUUCAAUUCUCACUUAGUCUGCGAGGUAUUCCGCGUCAAAUGCGUCAACGGUUGACCCCUCUCGGACGCUCGAAAAUUCUGUAGUGAAGUGUUAAAAUAAGGUCAACUUAUUUUCUGCUGAAUAUCCCAAAACCAACGAAAAAUAGAAAAAUAUCCCGAGCAAUUUUUUUUGCAGGAAAACAAGUCCUCCAAAAAAAUUCCUGUAAAAAUUUCUCUAUUGUCUGGAUCUUGAGGUUUUUAACAAAAACCGAGGCUGGAGGUCAGCUCACUUGAUUUGUUUUACCACUUCAAAACAGAAUUGAUCUCAAUUUUUUCUACGACUGGGAAACCGGACAAAUAAUCUCAAUUUUUUUCACGUUGACGUGGAGUACCUCCUGUGUAAAUAACAAGAGUUGUAUUUCAACUUCAAUGGGAAUUCAAUUUGAAUAAUGAUUAUGAAACAAAAGUAUUAUCUGUAGGGAACUGUAUCUCAAGACUUUAAUUCUUAUACUUUGUAAAUUUAUAUCAGAAAAAAAAUGUCUUGCCAAACAUUCCAUACAAUUUGGACGUUCUGCGAUAUAAAAAAAAAUCUAGUGAGUAUGAGAGCGUUUGAAAUUGUUGAUUCGAUUGUAAUUAUUCGAGAGUAUGAGGGUAUUUUUCCGAUUGAUUAGUUACACGAUUGUACUAAUUUUAGGAGUCGACUUAUCAAGGGAGUUCAAUCAUAAAUUGAACUAUUAAAUUUUUUAAUGCAUGUGAAUACGUGAGGACAUUAUUUCUUUCUACAAUUGUUUUUAUAUCGAUAGGAUUUAUUAUUGAAUGACUUUUCUUAGGUACAAAGUUGAGUAAUUAAGGGGUUAAUAUACUAUUUUAUUUCGCCUUGUAAAUAAUAAAGAUAUAUAAUAUAUUA